UGUAUCUGAGCAUCACAUGAUUUUAUGUUAAUACAUUCACAGUGAGACACGGGAAUGUAUUUUUUUCCCAAUUUGAUGUUGGAGCCGAGCCUGAGCACGGGUUUUGGGAUAUUUUAACAGAUUAAUCCUGAAUAUAAUAUUCUGAACAGUUUUAUUCGGCGAUCGGAAUUCCUCCCGGUUGAAGGUGGAGGACGAGCUGUUUACCGCUGUAGCGGGGAGAUGAUCGUUCAUUUUAUCAGCGCUGGCAAGAUUCUAUGUUAAUCCAAACUGGAGACUUACUGCAACCUCGAGCGGGGCUGGAGUCAUCGGCAGGGCGUCUUCGCUGUGAACGGGUGUGAAGAAUUCCAGCAACGGUUACUGCUCCUUUAAGAUGACACGGACAGACCCUCCGGAUAUACUGGUAUCUACCGUGUACCGAGAGAUCAGAGUCAGCCCGAUGCCAGGCGAGCCCAAGACGUACCGAGCGCAGCCGGGCUCCGCACGGCGGGACGCGGGAAAACGUCACUGCCGCAGCUUCGACCGGGUGCAGUCGCCGGAAAGCCAGGGACCCGCAGAACGUGGAGUCGCCAGCCCGGACCUGGCCUGGGAUUCGCUGGGGCGCCAGGUCUAUGUUCGCUCGUCAGCACCAGACCUGGUGUCCAGCCGGCUCGGCCCCGCCGCUGUCACCGAUCCCCGCGAUGCCGCCCGGCCCGAGGGCCGGAAGAGGGGUCGGUCCAAGAGCGCGCCGCGGGUCAAGACCACAUACCGACCGGUGCCAGUGGAGCUGGGCUCGCCCGAGCCGGAGCCGGAGCCGGAGCGGAGAGGGCGGGAGGCGGUGAGGAGGGUGGACGGGUCGCCCCGGCGGUUACCGAGCCGCGGACGCAUGGACGACGUUCACCCGAUCAAACUGCAGCCACAACGGGCCGACGCCGGAUUUUACCCGCACCCGCCGCCCCUCUCGGUCAGCGACCUUGUCGAGCCGUGCACCGAGGCCCCGGGCCCCCGCUCCGCCGCCGUCACCGCCGGCGUCCACGUUCGCUACCGGAUGGAUAUGCGGCCGCCCGAGGAAGUCGCGCCGCCCGGCCCCCGGGCCUGGCGAGUGGCCCCGGGCCCCACCGAGCCGGGCCGUUGCCUGACGGUGCCCAGCAGCCGGCGGCCACACUGGACCCGUUCCCCCGGCCUGUCCCAGGCGGGCGAGUACUGGACGCUCGCCACGCACGGCUGCUCGCCGCAGAUGUGCCGCGGCCGGGCCUUCGCUCAGACGCUACCGGGGCCCGAUGCCCGGAGCCACUCGCGGGCCCUGGGUGACAGCAGCCCCUGGCGCCGGGCCCGGGCCUCGCCCAUGCACUACCACGACUGGUGGGGUCCACAACCCGCGCCCUGGGCUCCGCUCUCCCCGCAUGGGUCCCUGGCCACCGCUCGCCGCCACCACUCCCGCUCCUGGGAUGACAUGUUGUCACCGGGCCGCCAGCCCGAGCGCGGACAUGAUUGUCGCAGCUACGAGACGUUACCGCUGUUGGAGCGGGGCCGCCGCCAACCGACCGUGGUCAACCUGUCACGGUCACCGCAGCGCUAUGCCGCGCUCUCUCUGUCCGAGGGGUCACUGCUGGAGCGGCUGCAGGGAGAGGGAGGCGCGGGGCCCGGCCGCUCCUGGUAUCUCACACCCGAGAUCACCAUCACCGACAAUGACCUGCGGGCUGGCGGCGAGGCGGCAGCGACCCGGGCCGGGGGCCGGCAACCGGCAGACGGAGCCAAUGGCCUCAGCGCUUCCUUCAAUGACCUGCUAUCAUGUCAGGGCGAGGCGGGUGGCAGCCCCGGCUCCGGCCCCGGUAAACAGCAACUGGACGAUGUGUUGGCCGACCUGGUGAUCGAUACAUGCAAGACCCCGGCACCGCGCGGUCCCACCACCGGCCCCGAACCCGCUCACAGCCUCCUGGAGCAGCUCCGUAAACUGAUCGGUGGCGACGACUUGACAGGGGAACUGCUGGGCCCCGAGGCCGAGCCCCGCCUGGCGGCCAAUCGGCCCCUCAGCCCCACCUACCCCAGCCCGUGCGGCGUGUCGCCGCCUGAGCGCUGCUCGGAUGAGCUGGACACAAUGUUAUGCUCAAACCCACGCUGCGGCCUUGCAGAGAGUCUGUUCCACGCCCGCUUGUACUUCAAGUCCUGCCACAGUUGCUUCACAUAUUAUUGCAGCCGUGGCUGUCGGAAGGAUGACUGGGAGGCGCAUAAAGAGGCCUGUGUUUACGGCCGGGUGGCGAGCGCCUGUAAGCGGCUUCUACGAUGCUGUCGAGAGGAUCCGGCGUCUCACCGCGCCUUCUCCCGUAUCGCCCGCAUGGGUUACCUGUCCCGCGGCCGCGGAGUGUUGUUCCUCGGAUUCCCAAACCCCGGUGCUGCCGACAGCUUUGUGGAUCGCGGCCUGAGCAGCUUGUCUCUCGCCCCAACCUACCUGUCUCUACGGGAGCUGCAGGGCUACGCGCCUCACCUGGGCCGUUACCUGGCUGAGGUGCGCGACGCUGGCGCCGCCUACAAUCCGGACGAGUGUUUCUUGCUCAACGUGUCGGUGGCGUUGGGACAGAAGGCGCCGGAACAGCCGGAGCCGCGGCUCCAAACUCCCACCGUCCGCCGCUUCGCCAAGAUCGCCCUGGCCUCGGGCAGCCCCGACGGGAAGGCGCCGGCGCCGCGGGACGAUGAGAUGGAGACUCUGAUCUUGACCCCGCCGCCGGGCACGGCCGACAUGGCGCAGGCGGGAGAAGAAGGUCGCAAAGCCCGGGAGGUUUGUUUCAUCAACGUGCAGAGAGAGCUACGUCUCCGUGGAGUCUUCCUGCGCCACGAGUACCCGCACGUUUACCACGAUCUUUGCCGCUUCGUGGAGAACAACGAGCGCUUCACACCCACAACCAUCUACCCUGUAGACAAGCGUUCCGGUCGACAGUUCAUGUGCAUGAUCAUGGCCGCAUCAGAGCCGCUCACACUCGACUGGGUUCGUGGACCCAACGUGUUGGACGACAUGAUGUGACCGCGCCGCCCCCUCCCUGCAACACCCACCCACCCCC